CGACUUUGUGUCGCCAACAAAACGACCAACAACUGUUUGUCGGACUUUGUAAAGAGCAAAUGGGAAAUCUGGGGUUGGAAAACCAUCAACGACCACAAAGAUGAGCGACAAUGCCGUCUCAGCAUCGGCCAAAGGAGCCUCAUUCCUCAUCCUCCUCCAAAUCGGGUCCCGUGCCCUUACCUUCGCCCUAAAUCAGAUUUUACUACGCUUCUUGUCCCCAGAACUGUUGGGAGUCAAUGUACAGCUGGAAUUAUACUGCAUCUCUGUCCUCUACUUUGCACGCGAAAGUCUGCGAGUAGCACUGCAACGAAGAGCCGAUGGCACACAAGCUGUCAUCAACAUGUCCUACCUGGCCAUCCUGGCAGGUCUUCCUCUCAGCUAUGCACUCGCAGAACUAUAUCUCCAAACCGAAGUCCCCAAAGUGCCAUUCUUGGUCCAGUCAUUGAGGGUGUAUGGAGUUGCGGCUAUGGUGGAGUUGUUGGCGGAACCGAGUUUCGUGGCUGCUCAGCAGAAGAUGCUGUACAAAGUGCGCGCUGGCGCUGAAGCUGCCGCUACUAUUAUGAAGACAUUUGCGACUGUUGGAUUGGUUGUGUGGGCGAGUCGACAGGGAAGAGAUUUGGGUGUGUUGCCUUUUGCUGCUGGGCAGUUGGCUUAUGCUGCAUCAUUGUUGGUUGUAUACACUGCAAGGCUUGUUCUUGUGGCGAAGUCUGAGGGCUUCUCUUUGCUUCCUCGAGCCAUUCAAAGCAAAGCCGAAAAGUUCUGGCUGUCGCUCUUCUCGCAGCCUCUGCUCAACCUCUCCUUGAGUCUGACGGUCCAGUCCAGCAUCAAGUAUGUGCUCACCCAAGGUGACUCUCUACUCAUCGCAUCUUUGGCAUCCCUUCAAGACCAAGGAGCUUACGCUCUCUCCUCCAACUACGGUGGUCUGAUCGCACGCAUGCUCUUCCAGCCCAUUGAAGAAGCCUCCCGCAACCUCUUCGCCAAACUCUGCGCUCCAACCUCCGCAGCAGAGAAGACCAAAGAACGACAAGCAUCUGGCAAUGGCAUCGCACAAGCCAACACCACGUUGACCUUGAUCCUCAAAUUCUAUUCCCUAAUUUCACUGGUUGCUUUCGCAGCGGGUCCAACCGCUGCACCCGUCCUUCUCUCCCUGGUAGCAGGAAGUCGCUGGUCCGACACCGGUGCUGGCGAAGUGCUGGGCUGCUAUUGCUACUACAUUCCUCUUCUAGCCCUCAAUGGUGUCUCUGAAGCCUUUGUGGCUGCUGUAGCAGACAACACACAGCUCUACACUCAAUCAAUAUGGAUGGGUGGUUUCUUCGCCGCCUUCGCUGGCUCUGCAUAUCUGUUCCUGCGGGUACUGGAGAUGGGAGCAAAGGGCUUGGUGUGGGCCAAUUGCGUCAACAUGGGAUGUAGAAUCCUAUUCAACCUGUCGUUUGUGAAAUCUUUCUUCGCAAAGAGGGGACAGGCUUUCGAUGUCACAAAGAUUUUGCCUUCGGCUGUCAGUAUUGCCGUCGCUGCUGUGGUGCCCAGUAUUUUCAAAGCGACUACUGGAUUACUGUCAAGAUAUGGUAUCAUCGGCGAACUUGCCAGAAUUGGAGCAAUCACUGGAGUCUUUGUGCUUGUACUAGCGGUGUCUGAGCGCAAAUUCCUUGUACAUGUAUAUAAGCAGAUCAGACCAUAGACAUCCCCACCAACAGAGAGGUCUACGAAACCUCCCUGUCAAAAUGCAGAGUUGAAUUUGGAAUCCGA